AUGGCACCUUACGAGGCUCUUUAUGGUCUUAAGUGUCACACUUCCCUAUGUUGGACUGAGUUAGGUGAACGACAUGUUUUGGGUCCUGAGUUGGUCUCUGAGACAGAGGAUAAGGUCUCUCCAUGCAAGAAGGUUCUGAGAUUUGGUCGUAAGGGAAAGUUGAGCCCUAGUUUUAUUGGGCCUUACCGAAUUCUGAAGCGAGUGCGACCAGUUGCUUAUCAGUUGGAGCUACCUCCAGAGCUAGACCGCAUUCAUUAUGUGUUUUACGUCUUGAUGUUGAGGCGCUAUCACUCUGAUCCUACUCAUAUUGUCCUUGUUAAAGAGAUCGAGGGUAGGCCAGACUUGACCAUAGAGGAGGAGCUAGUUCAGAUUUUGGAUCACGGUGUUAAGGUUUUGAGAAGGAAAUCCAUUCCAUUGGUAAAGGUCCUGUGGAGAAAUCAUAACACUGAGGAGGCUACGAGGGAACUGGAGGAUUCGAUGCGUCAAUAUUAUCCUCAUCUGUUCUAA